AUGCCGUUGUUCCAGUCAGUUAAAGAUUAUACAAAACGACAUCGCAAAGGCCUCUUUAUUACAGCGGCCAUUGGCGGUGGUAGCUAUUUGCUUGGACGUUAUGCAACCGGCAAGCUUCGCGAUCUCCAAGAAAAGGCCAUGACGGAACGAGUGGCCAAAGAAAACCUCAAGCGUCGUUUUCAACAAAAUCAGAACGAUUGCGUGUUCACUGUCCUGUCGCUUCUGCCCACGCUUGGUGACCAAAUCUUGUACGAGAUGAACAUUGAAGCAGCCUGGGCGAAACUGCAGGAAUCACGCAAACUCGAAAAGAAAGAAGAACGCGUCGGCAGUCUUGGCGCAUCCACAACGACCUUGACUGAGGAUACCCAAUCAAAGAUAUUGGAAGGCAUUUUGGACAAGAAGGCCAAAUAUUUACUUUGGGAAGAAAUCAAGACUUCCAGUUUCACUAGAACUUUCACAUCCAUUUACUCUGUCACACUGUUGACAUUGCUGACACAUAUUCAAUUGAACAUGUUGGGUCGAUUUACAUAUGUUUGGUCGGUCUCUGUCUUGAACCGCAGCGAGCCUACGAUUCGUUUGCAACAUGCUGACGAAGAACCUGAAGGAGGAUUUUUGGACCCACAAAUCGAGCGAAUGUUCCUUAGCGCAACUUGGUGGUUGCUUCACCGUGGAUGGAGAAAGUGCGCCGAACGUGUCGAGGAAGCUGUGAAUGAAGUGGUUGGCGGCGUCUCGUUGAAGCGAAUCUUCAAGUAUGAGGAUGCCGAGGAGAUAGUAGACAAAUUGCGCAGAGCAAUUGAAUACGAAAAGGAUGGAACUACGCCAAUUAGUUACCGCACAUGGAUGCUUCCUGAUACCGAAGCUGAGACCCAAGAAUUCUUGCUUCAAGCAGGAUUUGCUGAAGAGUAUCCUCAAAACAAUGAUGGUACCACCCGAUUACUGGAUGAAACUAAAGAUUACAUUGACAGCCCAGAUUUCUCAGCCGUACUUGGAUCAUGUUUGGAUGAAGUAUUUGCAAUCUUUGAUCAUCAAGCAUUUGCCAAGGCCUUGUUACCUGCUGGUGCAACAAUGGACUUUAACGAGCAAAAGAUCCAAGAAAUCAAUGACGAUGAACCAAUCGAUAAGGUUAAGAAGGUGACUUUGGCAAACUUGCUUCCAGCUAUCAGUCGGCAAGCACAUUUGGUGAUCGCUGGCAACGAAUACUUGAAUGCUUUUGCAUACAUCAAGGAACUCCAAGCUUAUUCUGCCAUGAUCUAUACUCAGUAUGGUGAAGAGAUCACUCAAAACUAA